AUGUCACGAAAGACGAGUACCAUUGCCACUCCCGUCAUCGUCAUACCAAGCAUAUUUCUGGCGGUCCUCGCAGCGCAGCUGGAGCAGCUCUUCCCUAAGAUUUCUGAGCCCCAAGGGCCAUCCGCCGCGUUGCAGGCACAGGCCAGGAAGGCCCUCAUUUUCCUUCACGUGCCCUUGUUCGAAGCGGCCACGAAAGCCAAGACGGUCGUCUGGAAUUCCGAGGAAGUCUUGCAAGUCCUUCACUCGCACAGCGACACCGUGGUCGCGGUUUUUGCUGGCCACGAUCACAACGGAGGCUAUGGCGUCGAUGCGGCAGGCAUACACCACAUCACCAUGAACUCGCCGUUGACAGCCGAGCCGGGCAGUGACUGCUAUGCAGUGCUGGAGUGCCACUCUGAUGGGUGGGCACAUUUUCUCCCGCACGGACGGGCCUGC